GCAGGACUUUUAAUUUGGCGUGGUGAUGUGACGUCAUGAGGAUGCGCGGCGCUCCUGCAUCUAAUGUGAUUCGACUCAAAAAAGCAGUGCACUGAACACUGAACUGGAGCUGAAGAGACUGAGAUCCACGUGACACACUGAUGAAGAUGAUGUUUGUUAAAGAGGAGAGUGAAGACAUCAGGAUUGAAGAAGUGUUCAGUCUGAAACAAGAUCCUGAGGAACAAACAGACAUGGUGUUGAAAAAAGAGAAGGAAGUACUCAAUGACAUUGAAGAGCAAGAUCAAUAUGAGAAUCUGCAUGAUUUCACAGCUGGAAAAAAAUAUUUUAGGUGUUCACAGACUGAAAAGAUUUCCACACGAAGAAAAGCUCAAAAGACUGGAAAAACUAAAAGUGAUUUCACUGGCAUUCGGUCUGGAAAGAGUUAUAAUCUAAAAGGAAACCUUAAAGUCCACAGUGGGGAGACCCCUUUCAGUUGCCAACACUGUGGAAAAAGUUUCACUUAUAAAGGAAGUCUUGACAGGCAUAUAAAAAAUCAUACUGGAGAAAAGCCAUUCACCUGCCAACACUGUGGAAAAAGUUUCGCUCACCAUGCAAACCUUAUAGUCCACAUGAGAAUACACACUGGAGAGAGUCCCUUCACCUGCCAACAAUGUGGAAAAAGUUUCCGUCAUCAAGGAAACCUUAGCCACCACAUGAGAAUUCACACUGGAGAAAAGCCUUACACCUGCAAACAGUGUGGAAAAAGUUUCAGUCAACAAGGAAGCCUUAGCCAUCACAUGAGAAUUCACACUGGAGAAAAGCCUUACACCUGCCAACACUGUGGAAAAAGUUUUGCUCAACACUGGAACCUUGAAGACCACAUGAGAGUACACACUGGAGAGAGUCCCUUCACUUGCCAACACUGUGGAAAAAGUUUCAGUCAUCAUGGAAGCCUUAGCCACCACAUGAGAAUUCACACUGGAGAAAAGCCUUACACCUGUCAACACUGUGGAAAAAGUUUUGUUCAACAUGGAAACCUUAAAGUCCACAUGAGAAUUCACACUGGAGAGAGUCCCUACACUUGCCAACUGUGUGGAAAAAGUUUCAGUCAACAAGGAAGCCUUAGCCACCACAUGAGAAAUCACACUGGAGAGAAGCCUUACACCUGCAAUCAGUGUGGAAAGAGUUACACUCAUAAAGGAAGCUUUAACAGGCACAUAAGAAUUCACACUGGAGAGAAUCCUUUCACCUGUCAACAUUGUGGAAAACGUUUUGCUCAACAUUGGAACCUUAAAGUCCACAUGAGAAUGCACAAUGUAGAGAGUCCCUUCACUUGCCAACAUUGUGAAAAAAGUUUCAGUCAUCAAGGAAGCCUUAGCCACCAUAUGAGAAUUCACACUGGAGAAAAGCCUUACACCUGCAAACAGUGUGGCCAAAGUUUCACUCAUAAAGGAAGCCUUAACUGGCACAUGACUGUUCACACUGGAGAGAAGCUUUACACAUGCCCCCAGUGUGGAAAGACUUUCCAUCAGCAUGGAAACCUUAACACCCACAUCAGAAUUCACACUGGAGAGAAGCCUUUCACCUGUCAACAGUGUGGAAAAAGCUUCACUCAUAAAGGAAGCCUUAACUGGCACAUGAGAAUUCACACUGAAGAAAAGCCUUGCACCUGCCAACAUUGUGGAAAAAGUUUCACUUAUAAAGUAAGUCUUGACAGGCAUAUAAAAAUUCACAAUGGAGAAAAGCCUUAGACCUGCCAGCAGUGUGGUGAAAGUUUUGCUCAAUGUGUAAACCUUGAUGUCCACAUGAGAAUACACAGUGGAGAGGGUCCCUUCACCUGCCAACACUGUGGAAAAAGUUUCAGUCAUAAAGGAAGCCUUAACUUGCACAUGAGAAUUCGCACUGGAGAAAAGCCUUACACCUGCCAACACUGGAAAAAGUUUUACUCGACGUGGAAACCUUAAAUUCCAUAUGAUAAUACACAACUGGAGAGAGUCCCUUCACUUGCCAACAGUGUGGAAAAAGUUUCA